CGAUGAUCGUGCGCUUCCUGACCAAACGCUUCAUCGGCGACUAUGAGCCGAACACAGGCAAGCUGUACUCCCGGCUCGUCUUCGUCGAGGGAGACCAGCUGUCCCUGCAGAUCCAGGACACGCCUGGUAGCGUCCAGGCCCAAGACAACCUCUGCCAGGCAGUGGAUUCCCUGUCCAAGUGUGUGCAGUGGGCAGAUGGCUUUCUGCUGGUCUAUUCCAUCACGGACUACAGCAGCUACCAGUCCAUCCGGCCCCUCUACCAGCACAUCCGGAAGGUCCACCCUGACUUAAAGGUCCCUGUCAUCAUUGUGGCAAACAAGGGGGACCUCCUGCAUGCCCGGCAGGUGCAAACCCACGACGGUGUUCAGCUAGCCAAUGAGCUGGGCAGCCUCUUUCUUGAAAUAUCCACGAGUGAGAACUAUGAAGACGUCUGUGAUGUAUUCCAGCACCUCUGCAAGGAAGUAAGCAAGCUGCACAGCCUCAGCGGGGAGCGGAGAAGGGCCUCCCUCAUCCCCCGGCCUCGCUCUCCCAACAUGCAGGACUUGAAGAGGCGCUUCAAGCAGGCUCUGUCCUCCAAAGUGAAAGCCCCCUCUGCCCUGGGGUGAACCAUCUCAGGCAGACUGUGUCCUUUUGAUGAUGCAGCUGUGCAGCUAAAAACACUGGGUCUCUCCCUUUUUAAUCACUUGUCCAGAGUUUAUUUUUAUAAAGACUUUACUGGUUUUCAAGUGUAUGUGUAUUCCUGAAAAUUCAAACAGUGAUUGUCUACAAGUUGGGUAGAGUUGUUUUUGUUGUUGUUGUUGUUGUUUUUAAUAAAAGAACUUUUUUUUUUUUAACUGUAACUUCUGGCCACUUUUCCAUUAAAGGCAAAAUGGCAACAUUG